AUGGUUUCUUCUGCCGCCCGCUUCGCCCUCUUGGGCCUUUCUGCCUCUCUGGUCAACGCCAUCGCGAAUGACAUCCCGAGUGACAACUACAUCCGCCCCCGUCCUCCGGCCACUGAGACGGUGACCGCCACGGCGACCGUGACUUCUCUCAUCGAGAUUCCUGGCGAAGCUACCGUCACCGUCUGCGGCUCUCUCUGCGCCUCGACCGUGACGGUGACCGAGACCGCGCCGUGCUUCUACACCUGCGAUGUGUCUUCGAGCUCUGCCCCCGCCACUUGGACUUCGGCGACUGUGCCUACGAUCAGCCUUCCGCCCAAGCCCUCUUCUCCAACCAGCUACGCCAACUCCACCUCGGGGGUUCCGUCUUCGACUCUGCCGUGGGGCACCGGCUCGCCGAGCGUCGUGACCUCUACGUCUCCGGCUGAGACGUCUUCCAGCGGCAGCACCGUGUCUUCUCAACUGCCCAGUGCCGGAACGCUGACUUCGUCGUCCACCUGGGGCGUCAACAGCACCUUGACCAAGACCAAGACCAAGACCAUUAAGACCCGGACCGUCACCCUCUCGACAGGCAUCACCGCCACGGGCACCGGUGGUUCCAGCAGCGUGCAGACUACCUCUUCUCUCUGGAGCAACACCACCCUCACCCUCCCCAGCACUGCGUCCACGACGUUGAGCACGACCGAGGAGGCUACCCUACCCACCCUGCCCACCGCCACCUUGCCCACCAUCCCCAUCUCCUCGCUCUCUUCCUCGUCUUCUUCAUCUAUUGCCGAGACGACCUCCGCCCCAUGCACCACGUACGGCUGCCCCUCGUACACGACCGCCACAUACACCACGGUCAUCAACACCACCGUGUCAGACCAGCUCCCGGAAACCGGCACCCUGUCCUCCGUUUCCCGCACCACCAAGAGAAGUACCAUCAUCGUCACCGUGACCCGAAGCAUCCCCUCGAGCACCGGCACGGGCUACACCUCCAGCGUUGGAACCGGCAUCUCCAGCGGCUUCCCCUCCUCCUCUGUCGCCACCAGCUCCAUCAAGCUGUCUUCCACUCUGUCAUACGGUACCACGACCACGCCUUCCGGUACCAGCACCGAGUCGACUUCCGCUUCGGACUCCGAGACAUCAUCCAGCAAGGCCCCCUGCACAAGCAACCACUCGGAGACAACCUCAUCCACCGCUUCCUCCUCCUCCCCGGGAACCACCGUCGACAGCGCAAAGCCGUCCGCAGUCACUCCCUCGAGCUCCAUCCCCGGAGGCUAUGACUACCCCACCGUAUCAUCAUCCCCCGGAACCACAGUCGAGAGCGCAAAGCCCUCCCUCGCAUCGAGCAGCACCAAGUCCAUCCCCGGCGGCUACGACGACUACACCACAUCCGCUUCUUCUUCCUCCGGCACGACCGUGGAGAGCGCCAAGCCGUCCGCCGUCACUCCCUCGAGCUCCAUCCCCGGAGGCUACGAAUACCCCUCCGCCUCCGCGUCCCCCGGCACAACCGUCGAGAGCGCGAAGCCCUCGCUGGUCACGCCCUCGGCCUCUUCUUCCGAGGCGCUGACCACGCCGCCUACUACGUUCCAGACGCGCACGUCAGGGGAGGCGACGACCACCUCGUCGGUCUCGUCCAUCUACGGCGGCUACGACUUUGGCGGCAACAUGCGUCGUCGCUUUGCGCGCCGCCACUGA